UUCAAGAUGGCGUUUGGAGGUAAAGUGCUCGGUUGUUUGGUCCGGUUUUUUCAAUGGAUUCCUGUAGUUUUUAUAAACAGUGUCAUCGUCUGGUCUUACUAUGCAUACGUAUUUAUCCUUUGUUUCGAAAGUGUUAAGUCUAAUGUCGAAAAAGCUAUGUACUUGAUAUUUUACCAUCCUUUCUUCUUAAUGCUGAUGGUUUCAUAUUGGAGAACGAUCUUAACAGAUAUAAAAAGUCCGCCAAGCCAGUUUUCCCUUUCAGAAGCAGACAAGGAGAAAAUAGAAAAUGGGGAAAAUGCAAAGGAAAUUUUAGAAAGAUUUUCCAGCAAACUUCCAACUUGUACAAGAACCAUGUCAGGGGGUGUUCGCUAUUGUGAUAUCUGCAAUCAAAUAAAGCCUGACAGAUGCCAUCACUGUUCGAUGUGUAGAAAGUGUGUGCUCAAGAUGGACCAUCACUGCCCUUGGGUUAACAACUGUGUCUGUUAUUUCAACUACAAAUUCUUCAUACUUUUCUUAUUCUAUGCUAUUCUCUACACCCUUUAUGUUACUGCAACUGUUACCAAAUACUUCCUUGCAUUCUGGAAUAAUACUCUGGAAGGCGAUGGCAAAUUACACAUUCUAUUUCUGUUCUUUGUUGCAAUAAUGUUCUGUAUUAGCCUGUGGUCACUGUUUGGUUAUCAUGUAUAUCUCACAACUGUUAAUAAAACUACUUUAGAAUCCUUUCGAGUUCCUUAUUUCAUAAAUGGUCCUGAUAAGAAGGGUUUCAAUCUUGGGUCUGCUAUAAAGAAUGUAGAACAAGUUUUUGGAACCAACAGACUUCUUUGGUUUUUACCAAUAAAGACCAGUCUUGGUGAUGGGGUGCGCUUCCCCCUUAAUCAUCGACCUGAGUCUGAUCGGCUGCUGAGCGACCGUGAAAGAUGGAUGGAAGAAGGGGAAUUAGAUACACCCAAUGAACAAGCUAGUGACAGUGAAAAAAUGGACGAAUCCACAGAAACUAUUGGUGUUCGAACGCCUGAGCUAAGUGAAAUUAAUGAAAUGCAGCCAACUGUUUCAGUCAGUCAGAAUGUCCGUCCAGACGUACUGGAAGUCAGUAUGAAACCUCAGAAUGAAGGAACCACGCUAUAAUAUUUAACAAUAAUUGGAACACAAGUUCUUCUUUUCUUUUCCUAAUACAUGUUUGUUAUCUUAUGUAAAAGAAUUAGGAAAUCUGGAUUUCUUAAUUUAUUUACAUGAGAUAAGACAUCCAUGUAUUGGACAAUUCUAUGAAGCUAUGUCAUCUUCAAACCAAUGUACUAGUAACGGGCAGUCAUCGCAUGAGAUUUUUUAGGAAUUUUUUUUAUCAACCUGAACUACUAGUGGUGAAGGGCUCUUUUCAAUUUUCGUUUUGUAAGACGCGAGGAUGUAGGUUUGGCAUACUGCUUGGCAUUAGGACUUCUGUCUCCAAAACUCUUGUGUUCUCCAGCCAUACUAGAAAACCAUUGAUAGUUUGCAAUGAUUCCCAAGAGAGGGAAGAGACAAAGACAGGAUGGCCAUUUAAGUCUCUAUUAUUGAACAAUAUUAUUUAGAGCAUAGGGAUUUUAAAUGAUAAACUUUUGGAACACAGUAUGAAAUAUUUAGGAAGCAAUUUAUUGAACUUUGGAUUUAAAAACAUUUUUUUGAGGAAGUUUGAAUUUUGCCAUCCUAUUAUGAUGUCAUUGGACCUGUUACUAACAUUAAUACAUGCCUUAACAUUAUUUCAUUUUAAAAAGAUUUUUUUACUCAGGGCUUUAGUCGUAACUUAUCAUGGUUCUAAGGGGAGUCAAGGCUGCUUCUCACCUCUGGGGUCUCAGGUUUAAUACCUGGACUUCACCUUACAUGCAAGUCAUUUGUAUAGAUCUCCCCCCUGUUUGAUUCAAGAGUCUUUCUCUGGAUUUUCUCCCACUGCAAAACUUAACACACUAAAUUCCAAUUUGAUCUGAGAGAGGACUGGUCUUACUUAGAUUGGAGGUUGUGUGGAUUUGAUAAAAUUGAAGGCAGCUUCUGUUAGUACAUAGAUUAAGUGGACCAGUGGUCUAGAUAAUGAGAAAAAGUACUGCCAGCCAAGCAAAUAUUGGAUAAUUUAAAAAAAGAACAGUGAAUUAUUGAAUAAUUCUUUAAAAAGUUUCAUUAUUUUUUGUACAAAUGAAUAGUCUUGUUAGGCAUGGUAGGAGACUUUCCCACUAGGUGGGUUAAAUCGUUUAUGAGUUUGCACUCAGGCUGAGCAAUGUAGUCUCAGUUGAUGAGAAUUAGAAAAUAAUCCAGAACUUUAAUAAUAAAGAUUUUUGUUUAUAUA